UCUGCCCUGCCCUGCCCUGCGCCGGGGCCCUGGCGUGUCCCUCCCCAUCACCCCGCUCCCCCCACCUCCUCAGCGCUUUCUGCAUCCGCUCCUGGUCCUCAGAGGAUGGAGAAGGUGAAGCAAGCAGUUCCCUAUCAGCAAAACCCCUACACUCCUGGGAGCAGCUCCACUGUCAUCCAGUGCUACCGCUGUGGGGACACCUGCAAGGGAGAGGUGGUGCGUGUCCAGAGCAACCACUUCCACAUCCGCUGCUUCACCUGCCAAGUGUGCGGCUGUGACCUGGCCCAGUCCGGCUUCUUCUUUAAGAACCAGGAGUACAUCUGCACCCACGACUACCAGCAGCUGUAUGGGACCCGUUGUGACAGCUGCGGGGACUUCAUCACCGGAGAGGUCAUCUCUGCCCUCGGGAGGACCUACCACCCCAAGUGCUUUGUCUGCAGCACCUGCAGGAAGCCAUUCCCCAUUGGAGACAAGGUGACGUUCAGUGGGAAGGACUGUGUCUGCCAAAACUGCUCCCACUCUCUCAUCAGCACCAAACCCAUCAAGAUCCAUGGGCCCAGCCACUGUGCAGGCUGCAAGGAGGAGAUUAAGCAAGGCCAGUCCCUCCUGGCCCUGGAGAAGCAGUGGCACGUCAGCUGCUUCAAGUGCCAAACGUGCGGGAUCAUCCUCACUGGCGAGUACAUCAGCAAGGAUGGUGUCCCGUACUGCGAGUCUGACUACCAUGCCCAGUUUGGCAUCAAGUGCGAGACCUGCAACCGGUACAUCAGCGGCAGGGUCCUGGAGGCAGGAGGGAAGCACUAUCACCCUACCUGUGCCAGAUGUGUCCGCUGCCACCAGAUGUUCACAGAAGGAGAGGAGAUGUAUCUCACAGGCUCCGAAGUGUGGCACCCCAUCUGCAAGCAGGCAGCCAGAGCAGAGAAGAAGCUCAAGCACAGAAGGACAUCAGAAACCUCCAUCUCACCUCCCGGUUCCAGCAUCGGCUCCCCAAACCGUGUCAUCUGCGCUAAAGUGGAUAAUGAGAUCCUUAAUUACAAAGAUCUGGCAGCUCUUCCCAAGAUUAAAGCCAUCUAUGAAGUGCAGCGUCCUGACCUCAUUUCCUACGAGCCCUAUCACAGAUACAUGUCGGAUGAGACGCUGGAGAGAUAUAGCUAUGGGGAGUCCCUGGGGACCCUCUCCCCAUACUCACAGGACAUCUACGAGAGCUUUGACACUCGGCAGAGGCGAGCCUCCAGCCCUGGCUACAUUGACUCCCCCACCUACAGCCGCCAGGGCAUGUCCCCCACCAUCCCAAGGUCCCCCCAUCAUUUCUACCGCUCAGGCACCGAGAGCGGGCGCAGCUCCCCCUACUAUAGCCAGUUAGAUGUGAGGUCCUCCACUCCAACCUCAUACCAAGCUCCCAAGCAUUUCCACAUCCCAGCUGCCGGCGAGAGCAACAUCUACCGGAAGCCGCCCAUCUAUAAGCGACACGCCACGAAAAGUAAAACCAGCGAAGACAUCGCACAGUCAUCCAAGUACAGCCCUGCCUACUCCCCGGACCCGUACUACCACUCUGAGUCAGAGUACUGGUCCUUCCAGGGCUCCCCCAAAGCGCCCCGGGCCCGGAGGUUCUCUUCAGGAGGCGAGGAGGAUGGGUAUGACCGGGGCAUGCACAAGAUCCAGAGUGGCAUCGGCAGGCUGAUCCUGAGGGAGGAGAUGAAGGCUCGGUCCAACUCCUACGCAGACCCCUGGACACCCCCUCGCAGCUCGGCCAGCAGCAGAGAAGCCCUGCACAUGGCUGGCUACGAGGGCUCCCUCAACGGCUCUCCCCGGACGCACUACCUGGCUGACAGUGAUCCCCUCAUUUCUAAGUCGGCCUCCCUCCCUGCCUACAGGAGGAAUGGGUUGCACAGGCCUCCCAGUGCCGAGCUUUUCCACUAUGACAGCACGAACGCCGUCAACUGGGGGAUGCGAGAGUACAAGGUAAGAUGCUCCCACUCCAAGGAGCAGCUGUCAGCCAGAGGUGCAACUGCCCCACAGAGGGAGACCCAGAAUGUGUCCAUGUGUCCCCGGGCCCUUCAGAAGGAAGCUUUGCCCUCUGCCCACAAUGUCCUACCUUCAUCCCCCUCCAUCUCCACCUGUCAGUCCUACCCUGGGACAGUGGGUCUUGGACCAGAGUCCUCACCCUCCUGCCAGGGUCCCAAGCUCUUGGCCAAACAGAAGAGACUUCUGGGCAAGGGACAGAGGAGUGUGGUUGUGCUGGUGGUUCGCUACUCACACCCAUCCCUGGGUCACUCCUGGUUUCACAGAGUGAGCAGGCUGUUCCAGAACCAUCAAGGUGAUUCAAGGUGGAUUAGGGUCACCCUGAGAGCAAGUCACCCCUCUGCCUUGCCCCAUCCAAGCCCUGGAGGCAGCUGUGCCACCCAAGCCCUGCUAAACACAGCAGGAGGAGGCUUUGCCCUGGUAGCCUCCACAACCUAAUUCCCAGGUGUGCCCUCAACUGUCCUCUGCUAGUCCUGGAGCUACCCCAUGGUCUUCCUGUCCCUGUGCAGAUA